AUGUAUUUCUUCCUAUGCAAUCUGGCAUUUAUUGAUAUCUUUACUUCCUCUGUGUAUCAUCCAAAACUUCUUUUAGGCCUUUUAGGAGGGAACAAUACUAUUUCUUUUAUUGGAUGCCUAUUCCAGCUACAGUGCUUUAUGUUUUUGGCAUGUACUCAGUUUGUCUCACUGACUGCCAUGGCAUAUGAUCGCUAUGUUGCUAUUUGUAAUCCUUUGAGAUAUUUGAUUGUGAUGAACAGAAGAUUCUGUGUUAUAUUGAUCACUGCUUGUUGGAUAUUUGGUUUCACAGAACCAUUGUCACACACUUUACUCAUAUCAACAUUACCUUUCUGCAGUUCACGAAUAAUAGAUCAUUUCUUUUGUGAUCUUACUGUAUUAUUAAAGCUGUCUUGUAAAGAUACAUUCUACAUAGAGUUAUUAACAUAUAUUUCGGGCGCACUUGUUGGACUUCCUGCCUUUGCUCUUAUUAUAGCCUCUUAUACCUACAUCAUUUCCACUAUUAUAAAGAUCCAUUCUGCUACAGGAAGGAAGAAAGCUUUCUCUACUUGUUCCUUCCACCUCACUGUGGUCAUUGUCUUCUACGGCAGCAUUUUAAUUACUUAUUUGAGACCUCCAGCUCAGUAUUCAGCUAUUCUAUCAAAACCAUCUGCCUUUUUAUACACUGCCCUGACCCCCUUAAGUAACCCUUUUAUAUACGCUUUACGAACCAAGGAAAUCAAACAAUAUAUUUUUAGAAAAGGAAUAAUUAAAUGCUAA